AUGGAGCAGAAGGCAGAUAGCUCUCCUACCAGGACAGGCAUGAGAGUAAAAAUGAAGGCUCUUUCACUCUGGCUUGUAAUGUGCACAGCUGUUUCUAAUGCUCUUCUCAUCCACCCAGAGAAAGACAAUGAAGAUGCAAAGCUUGUACAGAACUAUUUGAAUAAAUUCUAUGCUGUUGAGCCAGAUCCAAAUCAACUUGGAUGGAAAAUCAAUGCUGAAUCUGCAGCUGAAAAACUUCAGAAAAUGCAACAAUUUUUUGGUUUGAAAGUGACUGGAAAAUUGGAUAAUGAGACAUUGGAAAUUAUGAAGAAACCAAGGUGUGGAGUUCCUGAUGUGGGUCUCUAUGGCUUCACUCUGCCUGGAUGGAGAAAAAACAAACUGACGUACAGAAUUGUGAACUACACACCAGACGUGAGCAAGAAGGAUGUGGAUAAAGCAAUUGAGAAGGCUUUUGAAGUGUGGAGUACUGUCAGCCCCCUGGUUUUCACUCGCAUUCAUAAGGGAAUUGCAGAUAUAAUGAUUGCUUUUGGGACCAAAGUUCAUGGACAUUGCCCUCGCUAUUUUGAUGGCCCCCUUGGAGUCCUUGCUCAUGCCUUUCCACCUGGCAAUGGUUUAGGCGGUGAUGUGCACUUCGAUGAGGAUGAAGACUGGACCACAGGCUCAGCUGGGUUCAACUUGUUCCUUGUUGCUGCUCAUGAGUUUGGCCAUGCCCUGGGUCUCUCCCAUUCUAAUGAUCGGAGGGCUCUCAUGUUCCCCAAUUAUGCCUACAUCAGCCCCAGUGAAUUUCCCCUUUCUCCAGAUGAUAUAAGUGGUAUUCAGUCCAUUUACGGAUCCCCACCAAAUGCCCCAGAUAAAAGACCAACUACCCCUACCUCACCUAAAAUCUGUGGCUCCCAGAUGUCUUUUGAUGCUAUAACUACACUCCGACAAGAAGUCAUUUUUCUAAAGGGCAGGCACCUAUGGCGGGUAUAUCCUGAUAACUCAGAACCUGAACAUGAAUUAAUUUCUGCCUUCUGGCCAAAUCUGACUCCUGGUAUUGAAGCUGCAUAUGAGAACACAAAAGAUCAAAUCCUACUUUUCAAAGGCAACAAGUUCUGGGUUAUCAGCGGAUAUCAAGUGUUGUUUGGUUAUCCAAAGAAUAUUGACACACUGGGCUUCCCUAAAGGUGUCAAGAAAGUUGAUGCAGCUGUUUGUAAUAAAAAUACGGGGAAGACAGACUUUUUCAUAGGUGACAAGCACUGGAGGUUUGAUGAAAACAGCCAGUCCAUGGAGAAGGGUUAUCCUAGACCGACAGUCAAUGAAUUUCCAGGAAUUAGUCAAAGGGUCGAUGAUGUUUUUCAAUGGAAAGGAUUAUUCUACUUCUUUCAUGGAUCAAAACAGUGGGAGUUUGACCCUAUUGCUAAAAAAGUUAUCAGAGAAAUGAAGAGUAGCAGCUGGUUUAACUGCUAG